UAACGCGAUGUACGUGCAGGCACGUCCGUGACGUAACGAAAAGAGGGCGCCCCAGUGUUGGCGGCGAAUUUAAAGAGUCUCGGUUGGAGGGCUGCGAUCCAAACAGUCUUGCACUUUUUGUGUAGGAUCGCACUUGUUUCGAGUUGAAGGAAAUGCCAGGCGACAGUGUCCCACUGCAGGAUCGUCCCUGCCUUAGUCUGCAGGACUCCAUGCUGACUCAGCCCAAGAAAAGCAACAAAUGCAAGUCCAGAGGCAUUCUCAGCGAGGGCCUGGACACUGAGUGGACCCCAACAGAUCUCAUCCUGCAGUUCACACCACCGCGCAAGAAACAGCGGCUCUUCAGCAAGGGGAAGGAGAAUGACAGCAAUCAAUUUGUUCUUGGCAGGAGAUCAAGGAGGAAAGACCCCUCACCAAACAUUUCAUGGGAUCAACUACCAGACGAGGUUGUUCUUAGGAUUUUCUUCUGCCUCCCUCUCCAGGACCUCGUCAGAAUAUCUGUAGUUUGCAAGCGCUGGCAACGUUUGGCGUUUGACGAGUCUCUGUGGCACAGUGUGGAUCUAGAGGGGAUGACCCACACUGGUCUGGCUCUGCAGCAGGUGCUGAGGACUGGCAUCCGCAGACUGCGCUGCCCUCGCUCCUUUGUGGAAGAGUUGCACUUGACAUACAGAGGCUCUUUGCAGGUGGUUCAAAUGGAUCUGUCAAACUCAGUCAUACCCACGUUGGCUCUGGAAGACCUCAUCUGUCGCUGCAGACUGCUAGAAUGUCUGAGCCUGGAGGGUCUGCAGCUCUCUGACACCAUCAUCAGCUGUCUGGCAAAGAACACCCGCCUACAGGAGCUCAACCUCAGCGGCUGCUCCGCCUUCUCUGCUCCUGCGCUCGCUAGGAUGCUGAAAUCCUGUUCCCGUAUACAACAGCUGAACUUAUCAUGGUGCACCUUUGAUAAUAAUCACAUAAAGAGCGUCGUUGAUAAUCUGAGUUCUAGUGUUACACAUCUCAACCUCAGCGGUUACAGAGAGAGCCUCACCCUAAAUGAUGUGAAGGUGCUGGUGGAAAAAUGCCCCCAGAUUAAAACUCUAGAUUUGAGUGAUAGCACUCUGCUGACAGCUGACUGCUUACCUGUCCUCAAACAACUCAAGAACCUGCUGCAUCUGUCCCUGAGCCGCUGUUAUCACAUUCACCUUGCUGCCCUCACUGACGUGGAUAAGAUGUUCCCUGUGCUGAGCCAGCUGGAUGUGUUUGGGCUGGUGCAGGAUAGCCAGCUGCCCUCUCUAAAGAAGGGGAUGCCUCAUGUGAGCAUAAACUCCAGACCUUUUUCAACCAUUGCCCGGCCCACACCGGCCAGCAGGUUUGUUGGAUCAACCAGCGACCGCACCAUGUGGAACAAGAAGUGUCGACUGCGGUUUGGACUGUAACAACCAUGGCUCCUUCUUAUUUCUUUAGUCCAGUUAGUUUGUAACGCAGAGAGUUUUGUCCUGCAAAAUUCCAAUGCAUUCAGGUCUGACCUAGUGUGCAGUAAUGGAGCAAUGUUUCAGUGUUUGCUGCUAAAGAAUAUGCUUUCUAGCCUUGCUUGCACAUUUGUGUGAUCUUAAAUGCAGAGCACGCAAGCUUGUGAAGAAAUGUCAGGGUUGUUAAGUGAAACGUUACAUUGUUUUAGGUUCUAAUAAUGUGUUAAUUCAUUUAAAAAAUGUAUUAAGCAUGGUUUACAAGGGGGUAAAGUGAUUUCAUUGGCUAAAUACUCCUAUUAGUUUUGCUCCCUAAUAUCUGCAAAUCAGUAAAUGCAUAAUGAAGGUUAAUGUUAAUGAGGUAUUUACUGUGCUGCCUAAAUGAUCACAGAUCUUUUGAUAAGCUUAAUGAUUUUAAAAUGGCCUCUUCUAUUUUAGAAAAGUCAAAUAUUGACUAUUGUCCAAAUAAUUUUAACUUGCAAUCCAACAUUUAACAGUUGCAUUAUCACCUCCAGCUGUCGACAUAUUUAACAGUAAAAGUGUUUUGUGUGUCAGCUGUAAAAAUGAGAGAACAUUUGAUUUUAUUAAUUGAACCGGUUUUAAUGACAGUGUGUGUGUGUGUGUGUGUGUGUGUGUGUGUGUGUGUGUGUGUGUGUGUGUGUGUGUGUGUGUGUGUGUGUGUGUGUGUGUGUGUGUGUGUGUCAACACAUUGUUGCUAAAGAGACUACCUUUCAUGGACUUCCAUAUAAUCUGUGUUGCUUGCAGUAAUCCAAGUAGCUCAAUAGUGUGGAUGUGUUCGCCCUCGUGUCAGCUUUAACUCUAGAGGAACAUGUGAACGACUUAUUUUCACCUCGGAGUCUUUGCUGAUAAACUAAAAGCUAUUGAAUUUUUCUGUGGGAUUUAUUUAACUUAAGGAAUCUUAAGAUAAGGAAAUGUACAGUUUGUGCCACAGGUUUGUAAUGUUUGCCUCGGCAGCAUCAGUGGAUUAUUGGAUCAAUAAAGAUGCAAUUGAUGUUCAAA